UUAUAUUUGCAAAGAAAACGAUUAAUAUAUCUUUUUUCAAUAGAAUAUACAAUAAGAAUUUCUAUAUCCUAUUUUUUUUCUACCAUCGAAACUUUUUCACGGGUACGUAGGCUAAUUAUAAAAUUUAUUGCUAUUGAUCAGCAGGGAGUUUUAAUACUCUCUAAUUGCACCUAUGAUCCGACCUUUCCUAUCGAUGCUUUCAAUCCCCUUGACAAGAGUUCUAUGUCCAUCCACGCGUAUGCUACAUUUUAGCCACUACCCCUCGCCCUUUCGUUUUCUUCCCUUUGAAACAUUGUUUGGUACCUGUCACCCUACAGGUACAGGGUGUACCAAUACAUCUUGCUACACAUACGUCGAAACGACAAUGCCGUGUUUCAUUCGAGCGCUCUUUGAGGCUUCUCUUUGAUCUAUAGAUUAUUGAAUGCUACACACCUGCGAGAAAUUACGUAGGCGAUUCUUCUUAUAUGUAGGUUAGGGUGCCUGUUAAUCUAUCGCUAUAACUAACAUCCGAUUCGCGGGUAUCACCGUUCGAUUAUGUUCCCUGCUUCUGCUUAUCAACGUAUACAAUAUAUUCUUCCCUUCACAAACGGGGAGGUAGCAGUAGUGGUGAUACAGUGGGAGUAGAGAGAGGUGAAGGAGUGAUUGCCAUGACUACGACAGGAGCCCAGUAUGCCCUCGCAGCAUCCACCAGAGCUAAUAACAGUGGGGGUAGCUCUACAACGGUGGGGGUGGAACCUAAGCCAAGCGUUGUUGUCGUGACUACUUCCAGCUCCAGUGGCAGUGGUAAUGCAGCACAGAGUCAGUCUACGAGGGGACAGCAACUUAUUACUGUUGUUACCAGUCCUGAUCCUUCCAGUCCAAAUAAUCUACAACCUAUACAGUUAUUGGUUCAGGAUCCGCUUGAAACAGCUGCAGACUCUUCCAACGGCUCAACAGGUACUCCAGCGCAUGUUACAGCACAAGUUGUAGUGAAUACUACCCAUUCUGGUCAGCAUACUCUUGUUGAUUCUGACGCUGCAUCCACGUCUGCUGGUACCAUUGUCAGUGGAUCUCCGCAUUUUAUUACAGUAACAGGCACCAGUGACUCACCAUCCUACGCGUCCCUCACAACGGCAGUAGUGUCUGGUGAACCGGAAGCGGUGGGGUCCGAGUCGGUUUCUCAUCCUACCUAUGUUCAAUAUGUUGAGGGAGAUGGUUCUACGUAUAUACCGACAAAUGGCCAGAUGACAUACCCUGUAUAUGCUGUUGGAGAAGCAGGAGCGAUGUAUACUCCUGCGUCCAGUCAGUACUACACACCAGCAACCACACCAGUAACUUACGCUCAGGUUACUGGUCAAGGUUCAAAUUCUACAACUGGACAAUUGUUAUCCCAGGGCAAUGGCACGUACCUUAUUCAACAGAGUGUUGUAGAUGGGGAUCCGACAGCACACGCGUUAAUAUCUGCAGCCGCUGCACGUGCUAGUCCACAGACAGAAAAUGCGGAAACUGUGGUUAGCGGGGGUGGAGGGGCAUACUUGAUCAGCGGUAAUUCAGGAAGUACUACUGUCACCGUGGAAGAUGCUGCAGCAGCAGCUGCAAAUAUGACGCAUGCCACUAGAGUUUCCCAAGCAACAGUUCAUUGGUUGCUUGAAAAUUAUGAAACAGCAGAUGGUGUUUCUCUUCCAAGAUCCACACUUUACAAUCAUUAUCUACGUCACUGUUCUGAAAAUAAGUUAGAUCCUGUAAAUGCCGCAAGUUUUGGCAAAUUAAUACGUUCCGUUUUUUUGGGUUUAAGAACCAGACGAUUGGGCACAAGGGGAAACUCAAAGUAUCAUUAUUAUGGAAUUCGUGUUAAACCCAGUUCUCCUUUAGUCAUGCUAAAUGAAGAUGGAACACCGCGUCAGCAACAUGGUACAAAUUCGCAAACGAAACGAUUCAAAUUCGUGAACCAAAAACAGGAUACUACAUAUGAGAACAAUGCGCAUUCGAAUACGAACAUUUCUUCGAACAAUUCGCCGCCACAAUAUCAUCAGUAUCUGGGUGAGGCGAGUGGUGCUAUUCCAGAAUUUCCAGAAAUAAUAGUCGGACAUGGUUCGUCCCUUCCGGAAGAUUGCACGUUAGAGGAUAUUGAUACGUUUCGUAGUAUAUACAGAGAACAUUGUGAAGCCUUUUUAGAUGCUGUUCUCAACUUUGAGUUCGCUACUGUAGAAAGUCUUUGGAGAGAAUUUUGGCGUAGCCAGGACAAUAAUAAUGGUGAUGAAUGUGAGGAAGAAAAAUAUUUAUCAAAGACUAAGUUAUAUCAGAUGUGUAAAUGUUCAGAAGUUCAAGAUUUCAUAAGAAAAGUUGAUUAUACAUUUUAUCAAAAUUUAGUGGAAGUACUAAUGCCUAAUGUGUUGCGACCCAUACCAAGUUCAUUAACACAGUCUAUCCGAAAUUUUGCAAAAGGACUAGAAUCGUGGUUGACGUCAGCAAUGGCUGAUUGCCCUGAAGAAAUGACUCAAAUAAAGUUGACUGCUGUAUCUGCAUUUGCUCAGACAUUAAGGCGUUAUACAUCAUUGAAUCAUCUUGCUCAAGCUGCACGUGCAGUGCUUCAGAAUUCUAGUCAAAUAAAUCAAAUGCUAGCUGAUCUAAAUCGCGUUGAUUUUCAUAAUGUGCAAGAACAGGCUUCGUGGGUAUGCCAAUGCGAUUACGCAAUGGUACAACGUCUGGAAGCAGACUUUAAGGUAACAUUACAACAACAAAAUUCAUUGGAAGAUUGGGCAAUUUGGUUAAAGAGCGUUGUGACUCAAGUUCUUAAACCGUUUGAGGAAAAGCCAACAUUUGCAAAGGCCGCUCGACAAUUUUUGCUCAAAUGGUCCUUUUAUAGUUCCAUGGUUAUUCGUGACCUUACUUUAAGAAGCGCAGCAAGUUUCGGAUCUUUUCAUCUAAUUCGAUUAUUGUAUGAUGAGUAUAUGUUUUAUUUGAUUGAGCAUCAAGUAGCAGUUGCCACAGGGACAACUCCAAUAGCAGUAAUGGGAGAUAAAAGUCAAAAUUGCUCUUUAGUUAGCGCGUUUGGGGCCACUUCUAAUGGAGAUGCAUCAAACACGAGUCAACCAAAGCGUAUGAAAUUAAGCUAACUGCGUGCCUACGUCUUUUAGUUUUGAAAAUAAGCCAGUAGCACCUGAGAAUGGAACGUUAGCACAAGAGCAUGCAGGCCUACUAACACACUAGUCCCAUAAAUUAUAAUUUUAUAUAAGAUGAGAUCUUAUUGUAUUAUGACUUGAACAAAGAAGAUUUUUGCAUAACGAACACCCAGGAUAUAUACAAUCUAAGUAAGUUUGUGUGAUAUAAUGUGUAGGAAUAUGUAAUGCAAUCUCGUUUCAUACGAGUAUAUGAUGCAAGUGUAACGUAUCGCUGGCACGAUGUUUAGUACAUUAAUGUAUCAUCUAGUCGAAACAUCCUUGAAAUGUGUAUGGGACCAUGAAUUUAUCAUGCCCUUAUAGUAUUCAAUAUUGAAAGCUUACUCGACUAUAAAUUUCGUUUCCUUUGAAGCUUCCGAGCAUUCCGAAAAUUCUUAAACUUUACCACUAAUAACUUGAACUUUGACUACCUAAUGUACUUUACUUUUUAGCAUGUUACAUGAAAAUUAAGUCGAGUGAGCUUAAAAUAACAAACAUCAGUUUGUGCAAAAGAAAAUAGUCGGAAAGAAAGCAUUUUUAACGGAGAAACCAUUUUCUGCUAGAAUUCAUAUCGACGGAUUCUAUUUUGCACAAAUAAUUGAGUAACAUUUUACAAGAUCCGCCCUGUCGACGGUAUUGUCAAAAGAAAGAGUAAGAAAAGUAACUGUUCCUACUGGAGCAGAUUCAAAUUAGAUUACUAUAAUGGUAUAAUCGAUGCCAGUUUUAAAAAUUUCCGACAUUCAUAUUUUUUAAUGCAAUUUAUUAAUUAUACAUAAAGCUGCGUAAAAAAGUUCUGUUGUAAGCCGUCUGUGUGUUAUACUCUAUAUAUAUUCUUUCAGUACUUUUAAACGAAUAGUACAAAACAGCGAUGAGAAAAGUGGCGAAUGUAAUGGUAUAAUAUAAUCGUUUUGAUUUACUGAUAGAAUAUACAUUAUAGUUCUUACAUUAAAUGUAUAUAUAUGAAUGGUAUGACAGAGAAUUGCACAGUUGUUGAAAUUUAAUAUGAAAGAGAAAGAAGAACAUAAAAUUGCAAAUUGUAUCAGUGAAAACUGUGAGUGUCUUCAAACAUACUUCGCAUUUAUUACAUAAUUUUAAUAUAUUUAACUACAAAAGAUGAUUUGUAUUUGUAGACACUCAAGUAACUUAUCUAUGUAGUAAAAACUAACUAAAUUUUAAGUAUACAUUGUGAAUUUCAUGUUAUACUUUUUUGUUAUAUAUGUAUUAUUUUAUGAAAGCAUGUCAAAAUAUGUAAGUUGUUACAAAAGUUGAAAACACACAUACUUUUUUUUUUUUUAUGUAUGAUUUCAUCAUUUAUUGUAUUUAUUUAUUUCAGCCUGAUGGCCUAGAAAUUGGAUUUCGUGUUACAUAAUGAUUUCAUUAUUUAUGAUUAUGAUUAGAUUUAAUUAUAUAUAUCACAGCCACUUCCUAAAUGUGGAAAUUAGCUGAAUUAAUGGAGAUAUACUAUAAUUAUUUACGACUUACGAUAUGAUACCAAAAGACUUAUAUUCUAAUUUGAUAUGUUCAUUUCUAAGCAUUUUAGUGUACAUUGAGAGAAAGGGAGAGAGAGAAAGAGAGAGUAUAAUUUGUUGUACACUGUAGGUUCAUAAAAACUUAUAGCUAUUAUUAUUUGUUUCCAUAAAAGUUUCAUAUUUCUGAAUUUCUCAUAUUUUAUGUCAUAUUAUACAUUUAUUUCAUAUAUUUAGUGACAUGAACAAAUAUAUACAUACACUAUUAUAUACUUUGAGAGAAGUACAAAGUUUCAAUGAAAUUGAUGUGUACUGUUUGACAUAUUUUUUCAGUAACUUGCUUAUUAUGGUUAUUACCAAAUGUCAGAAAAUUACUCUAAUAAUUCCAUAUUUAUAAAACAAAAGUACUUUAUUUGAGAAACUUGCGCUGAAGUAAAGUUCAAUUAAUGCUUGCACAUUUACGGAAAUGAAUAUUGAAUAUAUUAAAAGAUUAUCUUUCAAAAUUAUUGCUACCUGCAUGCGAGUUUACUCAAAUACAGAAUUGAUGAUGUAAACGUAUUUUUUAUUGCAAAACAUUGCUAUAUAGAUUGUUUAAUUAGACUUUGUGAAAGCACGUUACGUAUUUUACAAGAAAUCGAGAAUUAUUAUGUAAAAAUAUACGAAUUGCUUGAUUUUCUAAGAGAAAUCCUGUCAGAACGUAUCUCGAAAUGUAGGAAAUGAGUAAUUGCAUAAAUGUUUAAAUCCAUUGUAGGAUGCUAUUCUUAUUCAAUAUUAAAUUGAAAGAUAGAAACUCCUAUGAACAAACUAAAUGUUUGGCAAAACUUGGUGCCUUUUAUUUCAUACAAGAAAGAAACGAACAUUUUUUUAUUGUACCUUGAUUAUAUAAAGAAUCGAGGCCAAACGACCAAGAUGAAUGGGACAGAUAGUUAUGCUCUUCCUUUAGGGCUUCUUUUAUAGCAUUUUAUUUUGUAAAAAAAGAGUUAGGAAGUUUUUUCAAAGUGAUGGAGUAGAAAAGAGAAUUAAAUGAAUGUAUGAGAGGAAAUGUAUGCAUUUUAUAAAAAUAUUGUAUCGAGCAAAAAAUCGCGGUUAUUUCUUUUAAAUAUAUUUAAACGAUUUUUUUUUGCAAAAAAAGAUUUCUUCCAAAGUAAAAUUCACUUUGUUAAAGGUCAUAAUAAAGGGUACUAAAUACUGAUCAAAUUUAUUACAUUGCGAUGUUCGUAAAUAGUUUUAACGAGAAUAGGAUACAAAUAUAUAUAUAUGUAUAUAUAUAUAUGUAUAUAUAUAUAUAUGUAUAUUUAUUUAUUGUAUAAAAGUAUUGCAUAUAUAUACUAGUCAAACUUUUUAUAGAUUUAAGUCGAGAACAGGGAUUGAGUAUCACACAGUAAAUUGACCAUUGGUUGCGCGUUAUAUUAUUUGUGUGCAAAAGGAAAGGAUAGAAUAUUUCCAUAACUAUAAUGAGCUUAUACAUGUAAAAAUUAAUGAUAUGUGUACUUAGCAUAAGAAUGGCUUUCUAAGAAAUUUCUAUAUUUCUUUUUUUGUCAAUAAGAAUUCAUGCAAUGAUGGCAAGUAUGAUUGAAUAUAGAAAUGUGUGUUAAACGAAUUCAUUUUCAAAAUGCAGCAUUUAAAAAUCAAAAUCAAAUAGAAAUGUCUUAUUACAUUACACAAAAACGAUACUAUUCAAAAAGAAAUGUUUUGCACGGUUCUGUAUUCAUUGAUACUUGCUUGUACUUUGUACUUCUUAGGUAGAAUCGCUGUUCGUAAGUUUCACAUAAUUAUCACAAAGUGCAAGCAAUUGUAGUCUUGUUGUUGAUGAUAAAAGAUCAAACUUAACACAGUUUCCUAUGUUGCGAAAGAAGACGGCCUUAAAUAAUUCCAAUUGUAAGACAGAAAAAAAGAUUUACUACGUUGUUAAGAGAUAAACACUGAGAACAAACGAAAAAGAAGAAAAUUAAGAGAUACUCUUGAGAGAGGAAAAGUAAAAGUAUCGUUUUCCUUAUAACUUAAAGAAAAUAUUUUGAUACCUCCAGAUUUGCACAAGUCGAGUGUCAUUCAUUACUGCUUAAAUAAGAUUAUUUUUACUGAAUGCAGCUCAAAACGAUAAACAAUUUAUAUAAAUUAUGUGAGGUGUAAGAAGCUCUAAGAACUGUGUGAAUGUGCGAAUCACAAAAAAUUGAAUAAUAAAUAUAUGUUUAAAACUUGUAA